CCAUAAGUGUCUGCUCCUGGCCUUUCACUUUCAGUCAAUUUAUUUGGCUCCCCGGUGACAUUACUCGAACGUUUUCAGUUCCUGAAAGGGAAGAACUCAGAGCAAUAGUGGCCUCACUUUGUUCGUAAAAGAUGUUCAUCAUAUUUCUGCUUUCCUGUUUGACUAUAAUAGUAACUGCAAUACCGGUUAGUCCAAGUACUCGUCCUCUGCAGCCAUCACAGAAGGGACUCAGUCAUGGAAGUCAACCUGUUGAUGCCACAAUCAGGAAACCUGAGGCUCAGGUGGACCCGUCUCUUCCUCACAGCUUGGACCAACCACAGCCUGGAAAUCCCCAGCAUCCGGAUCAAGAGGCCAACAACCAACAACAGGCCAACAACCAACAACAGGCCAACAACCAACAUUCAUUGCAGCAUUACGCAUUGUUUCCACAAGGGGGCAGCCCAGUGAUGUUCCCCAGUGGAUUUCUACCGCCUAACCAGCUGACCCUUGCUCAGCAGCCUAUGAUUUUUCCAUCGUACGGAUUCAUGCCUGUAUUCCCCUCACCCUAUAGCAAUCAGCUGUUCUCCCCGUAUGGAUUCCCGAAGGUUACCGAGUCUCACCUCCCUCAAGCUCCAAUAAAUCAGCUCACCAACGGUCCUGUGCUGCCAGCAGAAAAUGCUGCAGGGGCAGCUGCACCCUCCGUAGCUGCAGCUCAACAAACACAACAACAGAAUCCCCCAGUCGUGUACAUGCUCCAGCAACCCAUGAAUCCCUCACUUGGAGGUCUCAGCUCAGAGGAACUGGAGACAGCAGCAAAACUGAGCCAGCUGGGUAUGUUUAUGCCCACCAUGCUUGCGAACCUUCCCGCUGGAGCAGCAGCAGCAGCUGUUCAGGUGCAGAGUCAGUUCGCCGGAAUCACAAACCCAGACCAACGGGCUGCCGGACAAACUGCAAGGACCUCAGUUUCUGGAGCCCAACCAUUACAGGGUGUACCUUGCUCUGGAUCACGGCCGAAUGUCAACAACACGCCCACCCGUCUGAAGAGAGCAGUGCGUGAAACUCCCGCAGUCCGAUCAGCGGAUCAACCCAAACUCCGGCCCACGCAGAGAAAACUGGCUUAAUAAAACCGCAGCAGCUACUAAAACUUACUUAUGAUGUUUUAAAAUAUCAACUGCAAAAAAUAAACGGCUAGCGAUUUAUCAGUAGGGUGUCUUUAGAAUAUGCCUAACCAUUGUUGGUGUUUUUUGCCUUCAGUACGGUGUUUUUAUAUAUUAAAUAAAGAAGACAAUCAGAGACUGACUCUGUCUUUCAGUGCUGCCCUGUGUGCUACUAUUUCAUCAAUCUGCUUUCAUUUAGUUUCAACAUACAUUACAUCAUUUUGACAGACUUUGAUUGGGUGAACACCAAUGCUACUUCCACAUGUUGCAAAAUUCACAAGCAGUCUUAAAAAAUGUCCUUUAUACGGAGUCCUUCGUUUGCUCUUGUGGCUCCAGGUGUUUGACUCCUUUUUGAAAAGAAAAGAAAGGAAAAUAAAAAAAAGAUCUUUUUAUAACUCUUUCCCUCAGUUAGUAGCAAGCUGUUAAUACAGAUUGUGCCUGGUGCUUGGCAGAAGGGCGACAGAUGGUUUUUAGAGGAUUUUUUGUAAAAAAAAAAAAAAAGGUUUUGUCUGGGAGGAAUUAAAAGCCUGGAGCUUUAUUAGCUAACUAGUUUAGAGAACUUUUCCUGACUUACUAACACCUUGUCUUGUUAGAACCAAAAAACUUAGAUUUAUUUUCCUGGGAUUGUAUAUUAUUGACCAAUGCAAGAUGGACCCUAUUUCUGAAGGAGAAAAAAGGAUAAAUGGUCUUAUUGGACUUUGUGAGAUGUCAAACGGUUUGGUUAAUGUUUUCUCAUGAUCUAACUCAUCUUUGUCAACAACUUUAUCGCUGGUGGAUUUCUUGUUCUUGUGAUGCUUUGUCACUAAUGUUUUCUAACAAACCUGUGAGGCCUGGUUGCAUUUUCAUUUGGGCGUCCCAAAGUAAAUUGAGGAAUAUACACAUUUUCAGUUGUUUAGUGGUCUUACACAUUAAACAAUGUGCAAACCAUG